AUGGCUCAGGAACGCGCUGCUCCCCUCCGUCUCGGCUCCGUCGCCCCUAACUUCACCGCUGACACCUCCAACGGUCCCAUCACCUUCCACGACUACAUUGGUAACAGCUGGGCUAUCCUCUUCUCUCACCCCGAUGACUUCACCCCCAUUUGCACCACCGAGUUGGGUGCUUUCGCCAAGCUCGAGCCCGAGUUCACCGCUCGCGGCGUCAAGCUGAUCGGUCUGAGCGCCAACGGCACCGAGUCUCACCACGCCUGGAUCAAGGACAUCGACGAGGUCACCGGCUCCAAGCUCACCUUCCCCAUCAUCUCCGACCCCGAGCGCAAGAUCGCCCACCAGUACGACAUGGUCGACUACCAGGACACCACCAACGUCGACUCCAAGGGCAUGGCUCUGACCAUCCGCUCCGUUUUCAUCAUCGACCCGAGCAAGAAGAUCCGUCUGAUCAUGACCUACCCCGCCUCCACCGGCCGUAACACCGCCGAGGUCCUCCGUGUCGUCGAUGCUCUCCAGACCACCGACAAGCACGGUGUCACCUGCCCCAUCAACUGGCUCCCGGGUGACGACGUCGUCAUCCCUCCCCCCGUCUCCACCGAGGAUGCCCAGAAGAAGUUCGGCGAGGUCCGCGUUGUUAAGCCUUACCUGCGCUUCACCAACCUCAAGAAGGAGUAA